UCGCAGUCCAGUCCGUCUGAGGAGGGCGGCAACAAGACCUCAAAGACCUCCUCCAACCUGCUCACCACCGGAGACGUCUCCACCAACACGAUCAAGCUGGCGCCCGGCAUCGGAGGCCUGACCUUCUCCAACAGCGCCGCCUACCAGAAGCUGAAGCACCAGUCGUCGGCCAAGUCAAUCAACGGUUCGUCCUCGAGUUCGGACAACGGCAUGGUCCUGACCUCCAAGCGCGGCCUGCUGCAGCAGGGGAGCACCACACCAAAGAGCAUCGCCUCGGCGGCCCAUUCGCCGCACCACCAGAUGCAGAGCAUGGGCUCGACAUCGUCCGGCUCGUCGCUGGCCUCCUCCUCGCCGCUCAGCAAUGGCAGCAACAACAGCAGCGGCAGUGCUGGUCUCGUCAAGCCGCUGCAGCAGAAGGUCAAGCUGCCUGUCGUGGGCAGCGCCCUUCCCAAGCCGGCCUACUCAUACUCCUGCCUCAUCGCGCUGGCCCUGAAGAACUCGCGGGCCGGCUCGCUGCCCGUCUUGGAGAUCUACAGUUUCCUGUGCCAGCACUAUCCCUACUUCGAGAAUGCGCCGAGUGGCUGGAAGAACAGCGUGCGGCACAAUCUGUCGCUGAACAAGUGCUUCGAGAAGAUCGAGCGCCCGGCCACGAACGGCAAUCAGCGCAACGGCUGCCGCUGGGCCUUGAACCCGGAGCGCAUCACCAAGAUGGACGAGGAGGUGCAGAAGUGGUCGCGCAAGGAUCCACAGGCCAUUCGCUGCGCCAUGGUCUAUCCGGAGCAUCUGGAGUCGUUGGAGCGCGGUGAGAUGAAGCACGGAUCGGCCGACUCCGAUGUGGAGCUCGAUUCGACGUCGGAGAUCGAAGAAUCUUCCGAUCUGGAGGAACAGGACUUCGACGGCACCCUUGUGGAUGCGAUGCUCGUUGAGGAGGACGAAGAUGUCGUGGACGAGGAUGAGGACGACGAUAUGCUGGGCGACAUUGAGGUGAGUUUGGAAAGGCACCUGGUCGAGAAGUCUUCGUUGCUAUACGAGAAGGCCGACGAACAACUGUACGAUGCCAUCGACAUCGAGGACGAUAAGGAGGCAGUGCGCCGCGCCAUAGGCAGCGGCCAAGGCACACAAAUCAUCGAGCUGAAUCCGGCAAAUCUUAAUGCAAACCACAACGGCUACCACCACCAGCAGCAGAAGGUGAAGCGUGCGCGUUUGGACAUCAACUAUGCCAUCGGUCCCGCCGGCGAGCAGCAGUAUGGCCAGAAGGUGAAGGUUCAGCAGCUGGUGCAGACACAGGCGCAGCCACAGGAGCAGUUGAUCGUUGUCGUUUUUGCUGGUACAUGA